UGCGCAACUGUCGACAUCUUUGAAACUCCGAGUAGGAGGAGGUGUGUUCAGACACCGCCGGUACACGAGCAUUUAAAAGAAUUUACUUUAAUUCGAGUAGUUUUGUGAAAUAAAUUAAGUACCCUGAGCAUGGCUAACCGAAAUAUGCAACAAACCAACAUGCUAAGUAGCAAUUCUCCUCAGGCGGCUAAACGCGGCACCGACUCCCCGGCCGCGGAGCAGACACCGGCCAACAAAGACAGUCCAGCCCCGCCGCCUCAGCAGUCUCCAGCGGCAGAACAGCCUGAAGGAACCGGGGAAGGAAGCAGCGAAGGUCCGGCAGAAAUGACUCUGGACAUUACAAGCUUUAGGAAGCCCGGUGAAAAGACGUUUACCCAGCGGUCCCGGCUGUUUGUCGGGAGUCUCCCGGUGGAUAUCACCGAGGAGGAGUUCAAAAACAUGUUUGCUAAAUACGGAGACGUUAACGAGGUGUUUAUCAACAGAGACCGAGGCUUCGGCUUCAUUCGUCUGGAAACCCGGACACUGGCAGAGAUUGCUAAAGCUGAGCUGGAUGGGACGAUGCUGAAUAAUCGACCUGUCAGAGUUCGCUUUGCCACGCAUGGUGCUGCACUCAAAGUGCGCAAUCUGUUGCCCGCAGUAACAAAUGAGCUGCUGGAACAGGCGUUUUCUCAGUUCGGGCCAGUGGAACGGGCUGUUGUUGUGACAGAUGACCGUGGUCGUCCCACUGGGAGAGGCAUCGUGGAGUUUGCAAACAAAGUAGCCGCUCGUAAAGCCCUGGAGCGCUGCACUGAGGGAGCACUGCUGCUCACCACCACACCUUGUCCAGCAAUUGUGGAGCCCUCAGAGCAGUAUGAUGAUGAGGAUGGGCUGCCUGAAAAAAUGCUGCAGAAAACACCUAAAUACUAUAAGGAAAGAGAGCAGCCGCCACGUUUUGCCCAACCGGGGACAUUUGAAUUUGAAUAUUCGUCUCGCUGGAAAGCUCUCGAUGAGAUGGAGAAACAGCAAAGAGAGCAGGUGGACAAGAACAUUAAAGAGGCCAAAGAGAAACUAGAGGCUGAGCUGGAGUCGGCAAAACAUGAACAUCAACUCAUGUUAAUGCGACAAGAUCUAAUGAGACGUCAGGAGGAGUUGAGGAGACUGGAGGAGCUUCGCAACCAGGAGCUGCAGAGACGAAAGCAGAUGGAGAUGAGACAUGAGGAGGAGAGGAGGAGGAGAGAGGAGGAGAUAAUGAGACACAGAGAGCAGGAGGACCUGAGGCGCCAACCAGAAGGCUUCAAACAAAACUACAUGGAAAAUAGAGAACAGGAAAUGAGAGUGGGUGAUCUGGGCCGUCGUGGAGCCAUUAAUAUGGGAGAUGGCUUUAACCAGGCCUCUGCGGGGCCCAGUGCUAACCAGGGUCAAAUGAUGGGCAUGAGUGGAAGGGGAGGAGCCAUUGGCCCAGAGGGAACAGCAAAUAUGGGGACACCAUUGAUGUCAGAGAAUGGAGCCAUGCGAACUGAUAGAUACUUGCAGGGUGGAUCAGUGGGGGGCCGACCAGAGGUUGAGUCCCCUAAACAACAACAACAACAGCAGCAACAGCAACAGCCGCAGCCGCCAUUGGGCCCCCAAGUUGGAGCAGCUCCAGGAUUUGGCAGGGGCAGUCCAGUAGGGGGCGUCUUUGAUGGGCCAAAUAACAAACGCCGGAGAUACUAACUUGCCACGGUUCUCUUGGAUCUUUGUUUCCGCCCCAGACAGAUCUUUUUUUGUGUUUUUACAUUGACUCAGUCGUUGACCUACUGCCGCUCCUGUCACUUGGAUGUGUUCGCUGAAAAAUGGAUAUAUUGUUUUGUCUUGGGGGGGCGUUUAUUUUGUGAUUGACAAAAUUACAGGACGGUGCUUUGUAUCUAAACUUAUCUGCCAAGUUUAUGCAGAUCUUUUGCAGAAUGUUUCUCCUCUCUGUGGUCUGAAUGAAACAUUUUUUGUGUGUGCUGAAUAUGGAGUGUGAAGUGUAAGAGUUCAUGUCGAGGGUGGGCAACUUUGCAGUUACUAUGGCUGCUAUUGUGUGGGAUAUGCUUUAUUAAGUUGCUCUAAGGGAGUGUUCACGUGAAAAAUAAAGGUUACACAGAUGUACCUUUACCUGGAAUCUGGUAAUUGUUGCCUGUUGAACUUCCACGAUUCUCAAUACAAAAUUUGAUAAUAAUCAAAUGAAUGUACACUACCGUUCAAAAGUUUGGGGUCACCAAGACAAUUUCAUGUUUUUCAUGAAAACUCACACUUUUAUUCAUGUGCUAACAUAACUGCUCAAAGGUUUUCAGAUGAUCAUUUAGCCUUUCAACACCAUUAGCUAACACAAUGUAGCAUUAGAACACAGGAGUGAUGGUUGCUGGAAAUGUUCCUCUAUACCCCUAUGGAGAUAUUCCAUUAAAAAUUUCCAGCUAGAAUAGUCAUUUACCACAUUACCAAUGUCUAGACUGGAUUUCUGAUUCAUUUAAUGUUAUCCUCAUUGAAAAAAACUGCUUCUCUUUCCAAAAUAAGGACAUUUCUACGUGACCCCAAACUUUUGAACAGUAGUGUAUUUUGAUGUAAACUCUUUGUUUGAUAUAAAAAAUAAAACUAUGCACACAGUGUACUCACACACAGAUCUGCCAAAUGCCUUGGCAGACUGAAUACUGAUGAUGGGAGUCUAAGAACAUAAGCACAACCCAGCUUGUGUUAUGAGCUUAUUGCUAUGUUAAUCUAAACAAGUCAACGUUAGUCUCUGUGAAUGUUGUGUGAAACUUUACGACAACAAAUGCACCUGUUUCAAUUUGACGCUUCACGAUAUUGGAGUCCUACACUCACUCACCUUGAUUUCUGUGGAUGGAUAUUUAGCUAAGUUUGAGGUGUUUCCUCUUUAACUGCUCUGACGGUGUUUGCAUUUUUCCUGAUCAUGUAGACUCUAAUGCAAAAUAUCUCCAUCCACAACUUUUGGUUUGUGUUUUUCCAGUAGUUUAACAGACCUGUACAACAUUUAUGGCCCCUACAUUACCAUUACAAAACAGAUGCUAUCGGGUUCAGAGAAUUUUGGCACCAACUUUGUACCAAGGUAUUGGUUCUUGUGAAAUCCCUUCCUCUUAGUGCUAAAAAUAGUCAAAUAAAUGAUAAGCAAGGUUCCUGAACCCUCCUAAAGUUCAGUCUUCUUCGUGAUACCUGGAUUUAUAAUUUUAUCCCAUUGCAUUUGAUUGUAAUCUUCCCUUUACACACUCUCUUAAACCUUACUAAUUAGAUGUUCAGACUGUUAGAGAGUGAAUGCUUCUGCAGCUUCAGUGCAUCGUGUACUCGAUGGUCAAGAGAAAUAAAACAUUUGUAGGAA